UCCAGUCAUGUGGUUGAUGUUUGUUCACUGUCGAGAGCUGCUUCAGCCCAAGUAUCUGCUGUGUGGAGAUGGAAAAACUAAUCACUCUGAAUAAUCUAAUGUAUUUUUCAGUGAGUGCUAAAAGGCUUUUAGAGAACUUGCCUCUUCAAACCAUUUGUCAUACUACUCUCUCUCCACAUGACCCCAUCUUCACCUUUUCUGUCUCAGAUGGAGAAAUGCCCCUUGUAGUGGAGUUGUAGCCCUCACAGGCCAGCCUGCAGCAAGAUGAGCUCAGAAGAGCACAGCUCGCAAAAAAUCUCCUCUGUGUCACACAGCAACAGCAGCUCCUCCUCCAAACAUGAGGGCCGACAGGACAGCUGGGAAAUUGUGACAGAUUCAUGGGGGGUCUUUGGGAAUGUUCUGGAGCCCCAGAAAAAGGAAGGCUUCAUGCUAAAGAGGAGGAAGUGGCCCAUGAAGGGAUGGCACAAGAGAUACUUUGUCCUCAAUAAGGGCAUCUUGAAGUAUGGCAAGUGCAGCCCUGAUAUUGACAAAGGGAAGCAGCAUGGUUGCAUUGACGUGGGUCUCUCAGUCAUGGCCAUUAAGAAAAAAGCCAAGUGUAUUGAUCUUGACGCAGAAGACAACAUUUAUCACCUUAAGAUUAAGUCACAGGAGCUUUUUGACGAAUGGGUUUCAAAGCUGCGUCACCAUCGAGUCUAUCGCCAAAAUGAGAUGGCCAUGUACUCCAGCGAGAAGCCCUUCUUCUUUCCGCUAUACCCCUCCCCCAACACCCCCAGCAUGGCUGAGAGUGCCUCAAUCAGAAGGUGCUUGUCAAUUCAAAGACAGUCCUCAGUGCAUCCUGCAGGAGGCUUCCCGCUCAUCUCCAACAGUCAGUCCAAGGUAACUGCAUGGCUUCAGUCAUCGGACGACAUGGACAGAUGUUCCAAAGAUUUGUCAGAGUGCGAGGCCUACCUGCGGGAGCUUAAUCACCUAAUACAGAGCAUGGAGGUCCUUCACCGCACCUACUCUGCUCCAUCUAUCCAAGCACUGCAGACAACUUCAUUUGACAGCACCAAAAAAGAAAAGAGACUUCAGAGAAAAUGGUGUCAUAAAAACUACAAUAAAGAUGUCAAAACAACUUUGCAGGUACCCAGCUGCAUCUCCUCUGGAUUUAUCCGCCUUCAUGCCUCCAAUCCCAAUCUCUCCACAGCAGCACUUGGAAAUGGAAAGCCUGACCUUGAAUCCCUGGAUUCACAUUUUCAUGAGGCAAAGCUGCAGGAGGACUUCUGUCGCGUUUCCACCAACUUGCACACAACAAUGAAGUCAGUCCUGAGCUCACUGACGUCUGAGAGAGAGCGGCUGAAACAGUGUCUGGAUCACAACUCGUUUCCCCCAACCUCUCCACAAGUUCAUUUAAAAAACUCACUCUCAGCAGCUUUAGCCCAGAACUCUGAGCUGAGAGAGCGCCUGAGCAAGAUUCAUGCUGAGUCCCACAUCAUAGAGCCCACUAUAAUAAGUCUCACUGCCCCAGUGCAGAAACAGGACUCUGCAGAUGACUCCCAUCCUCUCGUACACCAGAUAUCCAAUGAGAGCAGAGCUUCAAUUGCAGAGUCAUUUUGUGAGUUCUUCGAUGCACAGGAAGUUCUGUUGUCUGCUUGUUCAUCUGAGAAUGAGGUAUCAGAUGACUCAUACAUCAGUGAUAUUAGUGACAACGUUUCCAUGGAUAAUUUUAGCAAUGACACAGAAGAAGAAGGCGUUGUCUCUUGUCGUCGUAGAUCCUGCCUGCCCUCGCCUAGUCCAAACAGCAACACAUUCAGCCUGUGGAACAUACUCAGGAAAAACAUAGGCAAAGACUUGUCCAAGGUCACGAUGCCAGUGCAUCUCAAUGAGCCUCUCAACACACUGCAGAGACUCUGUGAG